GCUGUCGUAAGAGCCUACGAUGUAAAAGGGAGAGUUGGGAACAGCCCCCUAUUAAGUAGCAGAUUGUGUAGAGUCUUCCCACUUGGAAAAAGGCUUCUUAUCUGGGACCUCCGCAAGAGGAGCACUGAGUUUUCGUCUGUGCUUAGGCUACUUGAUUCCCCUCAAGUGAAACUUUUAUACAUCAUUAGGCUGAAGAGGCAUAUCCAAAGAGGCUUUACUUUUUUAUAUUCUGAGACGAGAGAAAACAUCAUUUCCACAGCCUCAUUCAUGUUCUGCUGAGCCAGAGAAAGAGAGCGAGUCGAAAUGAAGAUAAGGCUGUCUCUGGCAGCGGCUGCCUUCCUUGCAGUGCUACUAUCCUCCGUCGAGGCCCAAGUUGAACCACCUUCAGACUUGAGAUUUAAGAUUUUAAAUGAGAACACAGUACAAAUGACAUGGAAUGUUCCACUAACACGGAUAGAGGGAUUCAAGAUACAAGUGGCCUCAGAAACAGACGAACCAACAAAACAUGUAUCCCUCCCUGCCACUGCCACUAAGACCUCCAUCACAGAUCUGACGCCAGACAUGGACUAUGUAGUAACAAUCAUUGCAUACUCUGGAUCUGAGGAAAGUUUGCCCAUCUCAGGACAGCUCACAAUCCAAUCAAGUGGCACAGCACACGGAGGUCCCAGGAAACCACAGGUCAUAGACUCAGUCAAGUGUUCAUUCAGUGCCGUCGCAGAUUUGGUGUUCCUGGUUGAUGGUUCAUGGAGCGCUGGAAGAGACUUUAAAUACAUCCGUAACUUCAUCUCUGCCAUGGCGGGUGCCUUUGAGAUUGGGGAGGACAAGACAAGGGUGGGCCUGGUCCAGUACAGCACUGAUACCAAGACAGAGUUUAACCUCAACCAGCACGUGAAAUGGGGCGAACUCCUCAGAGCCAUCAACACACUGCCUUACAAGGGUGGCAACACCAUGACAGGUGAGGCCAUGGACUAUUUGCUGAAAAACACAUUUACUGAGGCAAACGGUGCCAGGAAAGGCUUUCCCAAGGUGGCCAUGAUUAUCACAGAUGGGAAGUCUCAAGACCCUGUGGAGGCGAUCGCCAAGAAACUCAAGAACAUGGGGGUGGAGAUCUUCACCUUGGGGAUCAAAGGAGCAGAUGAGGACGAGCUAAAACAAAUGGCUUCAACCCCCUACAGGACGCACGUCUAUAAUGUUCUCAACUUUGACCUUAUCAAAAAUGUGCAGAAAGAGCUCAUUACCCAUGUGUGCUCGGGGGUGGACGAUCAACUCAACUCGCUCGUCAGCGGAGAGGAAGUUAUUGAACCAGCAUCAAACCUCAGAGUCAUGGAGAUGGCCUCCAAGUCUAUGAGGGUGACAUGGGACAUUUCCAUUGGAGAUGUGUCGGGUUACAAGCUCCAGCUGAUCCCCAUGAUGGCCGGCAACAAGCGCCAGGAGCUGUACGUAGGCGCCAGCCAGACCUCAGUGAUGGUUACGGGCCUGUCUCCAGACACAGAGUACCAGAUCAGCCUGUUUGCCCUCAAGGGCCUGACCCCCAGUGAGCCCAUCAUGACCAUGGAGAAGACUGAGCCAGUCAAGGUGUCCCUUGAAUGUUCUCUUGGAGUAGACGUGCAAGCUGACGUUGUCAUUCUGGUCGACGGCUCAUACAGUAUCGGACUGUCCAACUUCGCUAAAGUCAGAGCUUUCCUGGAGGUGCUGGUGAACUCCUUUGACAUCGGACAGGACAAGAUUCAGAUCAGCUUGGUUCAGUACAGCAGGGACGCUCACACUGAGUUCUACCUGAACACCCACCACGAGAUGAGCGCUGUGGUCCAUGCCGUCCGGACGUUCCCCUACCGUGGCGGUUCCACCAACACCGGAAGGGCCAUGACCUAUGUCAGGGAGAAGAUCUUCUUGACCAACCGAGGAUCGCGGCCAAACGUUCCCCGCGUCACUAUCCUCAUCACAGACGGGAAGUCGUCCGACUCCUUCAAGGACCCGGCCACCAAGCUGAAGAAAGCAGACGUGGAGAUCUUUGCCGUGGGCGUGAAGGACGCUGUGAGGUCUGAACUGGAAGCCAUUGCUACCGAGCCUGUGGAGACCCAUGUGUACACCGUGGAGGACUUUGACGCCUUCCAGAGGAUCUCCAAAGAGCUCACCCAGUCCAUCUGCCUGAGGAUUGAGCAGGAGCUCCUCAACAUCAAGAAGAAAAGCUUACUCCCACCGAGGUCGUUAACUUUCUCUGAGGUGGCCGCCAGGAGCUUCAGAGCCACUUGGGAGACCGAUGCCCUCAAUGUCCUGUCCUACCUGAUCCAGUUCAGACCUGCUGCUGACGUCGACGGGGACUUUGUGUCCAUGUCCUUGCCCGGGGACACGCUCACCACUCUGCUGCCUCACCUCACGCCCCUCACCCACUACGAGGUCAACGUCUUUGCCCAGUACACCGAAGGAGACAGCUUCCCUCUGAAUGGAUUCGAGACCACACUAGAUGAACAAGGACCAGUGCGUAACCUGAGGGUUUCAGAGGAAACGACAGACAGUUUCCGGGUGUCGUGGGCGGCAGCGCCAGGGGCGGUGGUACGGUACCGUCUAACCUAUGUACCAGUCAGGGGUGACAGCACAAGAUUAGAGACAGCCACCGUCGGCGAUGAGACCACCAUCGUGCUGCCAGAGCUCUUCCCCUUGACAACGUACCGCGUCAUGGUGGCUGCAGAGUACCAGUCAGGCACUGGUGCUGAGAUGAAGAUCGAUGGCACCACCAAAGAAGCGCUGGGAUCUCCACGUGACCUGCAGGUCUUUGACAAGACGGUGUCCACCAUGAAGCUUUCGUGGGCUGCGGCACCGGGCCGCGUCCUCCAGUACCGUAUCAAUUUCCGUCCGUCGGCGGGAGGCGAGAGGAAGGAGGUGUGGGUGAAGGGAGGGAACACCAACACCCAUCUGAAGAACCUGCAGCCUGGCACUGAGUACGAUUUGGUGGUCAGCGCACGCUACUCCUCUGGCCUAGGAGACCCCCUGGAGGGGAAAGGAACCACACUGGAAGAACUGGGUUCCCCCAAGGACCUUGUCACCAGCGACGUAACGGACACCAGCUUUGCUGCGUCUUGGACGGCUGCCCCUGGAAACGUGAAGAUGUACAGGAUCCGCUGGAAGUCGUUGUACAGUGACGAGUCAGGGGAGAAGACGGUCCCUGGAGAUGUCACCAACACUGUCCUGGAUGGUCUGACACCUGAGACCCUCUACCAGGUGUCUGUCGUGGCCUCCUACGGCAGAGGAGACGGGGACCCACUGACUGGACAGGAGACCACCGAUGUGUCUGCUGCUGCGAAGGCUCUGACUGUGUCCGAUGAGACCGAGCGAAGCAUGAAGAUAACGUGGAUGGCGGCACCGGGGAAAGUCAUCAACUACCGAGUGACAUACGUACCCACCGAUGGCGGCAAAGAGAUGUUCGCCAAGGUUCCUGGCACCUCCACCUCCACUGUGCUGAAGCGACUGACGCCCAUGACCACUUAUGACAUCACGGUGCACCCCAUCUACAAGCGGGGAGAAGGAAAAGCAAGGCAAGGAGUAGGAACGACACUAUCACCUUACAAAGCUCCCAGAAACCUGAAGACCUCAGACCCUGGCAAGACCAGCUUCAGAGUCUCCUGGGAUGCAGCCCCUGGAGAUGUGCGUGGCUACAAGGUCACAUUCCACCCCAGUGGCAAUGAUAUCGACCUGGGAGAGCUGCUGGUUGGGCCCUAUGACAACACUGUGGUGUUAGAGGAGCUCAGGGCCGGAACCAAGUACUCUGUAGCAGUGUUUGGAAUGUUUGAUGGAGGCCAUUCUGCUGCACUGGCUGGAGAGGAGAAGACCACCCUCUCUGAUGCACCCGAUGUCCCAUUGGAACCUUGGAACGAAGCCAAGUGUAAGAGCCAGGCCAAGGCUGACAUCAUCCUGCUGGUCGAUGGCUCAUGGAGUAUUGGCCGUCUGAACUUCAAAACCAUCCGCGCCUUCAUCGCUCGCAUCGUUGGUGUCUUUGACAUCGGCCCUGAUAGAGUCAUGAUCGGUAUGGUUCAGUACAGUGGAGACCCCAAGACUGAGUGGCAUUUGAAUGCCCACUCAACCCGGGAUGGUCUGCUCAAAGCUGUGGCUGACCUGCCCUACAAAGGGGGAAACACCAUGACAGGUAUGGCCUUGAACUAUAUCCUCACGAACAACUUCAAGCCCAACGUGGGACUGCGUAAGGACUCGCGCAAGAUCGGUGUGCUCAUCACUGACGGCAAGUCGCAGGACGAGAUCAUCACCAACUCCCAGGUGCUCAGGGAUGAGAACAUCGAGCUCUACGCCAUCGGUGUGAAGAACGCUGAUGAGAAUGAGUUGAGGUCCAUUGCCUCCGACCCAGAUGAGAUUCACAUGUACAAUGUGAAUGAUUUCUCCUUCCUGCUGGACAUAGUGGAUGAGCUCACCAUCAACCUCUGUAACAGUGUGAAGGGUCCAGGGGGCCUGGACCCGCCCACUAACCUGGUGACCUCCGAGGUAACCCACCACUCAUUCCGUGCUACCUGGACCGGGCCUGAAGGUCCUGUGGAAAAAUUCCGCAUCGACUACAUGCCCGUGGUGGGAGGAAUCACCGAACAGAUGAUUGUCGAUGGGGCGGUCACCACUGUGGUCCUGACCAAGCUGACCCCUCUGACUGAGUAUGCGAUCAACGUCUUCUCUGUGACCGGAGGGGAGACCAGCGAAGAGCCACUGAAGGGCACUGAAACCACCUUGCCACUACCCGGGGUGAUCAAGUUGACUGUGUACGACGAGACCAUGACCACCUUUAAGGUGAAGUGGGAGAAGGCUGAAGGGGCGACAGGCUAUAUGCUGCUCUACCGUGCUAUCAAUGCCACUGUGCCCACUGUGGAGAAAGAGGUACGAGUUGGGGCAGAUGUGAAUGAUGUUCAGCUGAAGGAGCUUAUCACCGACACAGCGUAUACACUCACCCUGUUCGCCCUACAUGGAGUGGCAGCCAGCAACCCCCUCAUAGACCAAGGAGUCACCUUGCCCUUGCCACCAUCGGGUAAUCUGAGGAUCACUGGUGUCACCCAUAGCGCCAUGAAGCUCAAUUGGGACGCCUCCCCGGGGAAAGUCCUCAAGUACAUCAUCACCUACAAGCCAGAUGAAGGAGAGCUCAAAGAGGUUGAAGUCAAUGGUGAUAUAACAUUCCUGCCUCUUACCAACCUCAUCUCUCAAUCUGAGUACGACGUUGCUGUCACCCCAGUUUACGACGAAGGCGUUGGAAACUCGAUGCUUGGACAAGCUAUUACAGAUGUUGUUCCUGCCCCGCAGAAUCUGAAGUUGUCCGAGGUGACCCAGACCUCGUUCAGGGCCACCUGGGAACACGGGGCCCCUGACGUGGCCCUCUACCGAAUUGGCUGGACCAAGAAGGGAGAGAACAACUUCCAAUAUUCUAUCCUGAACAGUGAUGAAACGUCCCAUAAUCUGGAGAACCUGGACCCGGACACCCUGUAUGAUGUCACCGUCACGGCCAUCUACCCAGACGAGUCAGAGAGUGAGGACCUGAUUGGCAGCCAGCGCACAUUGUUAAAGAUGACCACACCUGCUCCCACUGGACCUCCGCAGAACUUGCAGGUGUUCAACGCGACCACGGUCACUCUGACAGUGAAGUGGGACCACGCCCCAGGCCCCGUCCAGAACUAUAAGAUCUCCUUCCAACCUGUGGCAGGAGGCAAAGCUCUCUCAACCCAGGUAGGAGGGAAGAAGAACAGUGUCGUCCUCCAGAAGCUAACGCCUGACACUCCCUACUCUGUCACCGUGGCUGCCAUUUACCCCAGCGGAGAGGCCAAAGACAUCUCAGGCCGAGGAAAGACCAAGCCUCUUGGUGGAGUAAAGAACCUGCAGGUGAUCAACCCCACCAUGACCACCCUGAACGUGAAAUGGGAGGCGGCCGACGGGAAAGUGAAAGAAUACAAAGUCAUCUAUGUACCUGCUGCCGGCGGAGAUGAGAGCAUGGAGACUGUGGCUGCCACUGCCACCACCACGGUUCUGGAAGGCCUCCUGCCAGACACCCUCUACACCGUCUCACUGGUGCCUGUCUAUGAAGUGGGAGAUGGACAGAAACAGUCUGAGAACGGAAAGACAAGGCCCCUGGGUGGAGUGAAAAACUUGCAGGUGACCAAUCCCACCAUGACCACUUUGAAUGUGAAAUGGGAGCCAGCUGAUGGGAAAGUCAAGGAGUACAAAGUCUUCUAUGUACCUGCCGCUGGUGGAGCUGCUGAGGCCAUGGAGACUGUGGAUGCCACUGCCACCACCACAAUUCUGAAAGGCCUCCUGUCAGACAUCCUCUACACCGUCUCACUGGUACCUGUCUACGAAGUGGGAGAUGGACAGAAACAGUCUGAGAAUGGAAAGACAAGGCCCCUGGGUGGAGUGAGAAACUUGCAGGUCACCAAUCCUACCAUGACCACCCUGAACGUGAAAUGGGAGCCAGCCGAUGGGAAAGUCAAAGAAUACAAAGUCUUCUAUGUACCUGCUGCUGGUGGAGGUGCUGAGGCCAUGGAGACUGUGGCUGCCACUGCCACCACCACGGUUCUGAAAGGCCUCCUGCCAGACACCCUCUACACCGUCUCACUGGUGCCUGUCUAUGAAGUGGGAGAUGGACAUAAACAGUCCGAGAAUGAAAAGACAAAGCCUCUUGGUGGAGUGAAGAACCUGCAGGUGACCAACCCCACCAUGGUCACAUUGAACGUGAAAUGGGACGCGGCCGAGGGGAAAGUCAAAGAGUACAAAGUCAUCUAUGCACCUGCUGCCGGUGGAGCUGAAAGCAUGGAGACUGUGGCUGGAACCAACACAGUCCUGAAGGGCCUCACAUCGGACACCAUUUACACCGUUUCAGUCGUGCCGGUCUACGAAGUGGGAGAUGGCAAGAAGAUGUCUGAGAAUGGAAAGACAAGGCCCCUGGGUGGAGUGAAGAACCUGCAGGUGAUCAACCCCACAAUGACCACCUUGAACGUGCGCUGGGAGCCAGCCGAUGGGAAAGUCAAGGAGUACAAAGUCUUCUAUGUACCUGCUGCUGGCGGAGCUGCUGAGGCCAUGGAAACUGUGGCCGCUACUGCCACAAGCACUGUCUUGAGAGGCCUCCAACCAGACACCCUCUACACCGUCUCACUGGUGCCUGUCUUCACCGAGACAGAGGGCAGAAGGCAGUCUGAGAACGGAAAGACAAGACCAUUGGGGGGAGUGAAGAACCUGAAGGUGACUGAACCCACCAUGACCUCUCUGAAGGUGGACUGGGACCCAGCCGACGGAGCCGUGCGACAGUACAAGAUCUUCUUCGUCCCGUUGGCUGGCGGAACACCAGAGGAAAUGGAGCAAGUACCUGGAAGCACCACCACCAUUGUCCUGAGAAACCUCAAGCCUGACACACCUUACACAGUAUCAGUGUUGCCUAUCUACCCUGCCAGAGAGGGGAAACGCCAGUCGGAGAAUGGAAAGACACUGCCUUUGGGUGGAGUGACCAAUCUGCAGGUCACCAACCCGACCCACACCACCCUAACCACCAGCUGGGACGCAGCUGACGGCAACGUGCAGGGCUACAAAGUCAUCUACACUCCCGUCGCAGGAGGCCUUGAGAUCAUUGAGGAAGUCUCAGAGAGCACAACCACCACAGUUCUGAAGAGCCUCUCGCCCAACACACAGUACAGAGUCACUGUGCUACCAGUGUACCCAGAAGGAGAUGGUCAGACCCAGACCAAGAAUGGAACAACAAAGCCCCUGGGCUUCGUGAAGAACCUGCAGGUCACUGAACCCACCACCAGCACCCUGAACGUGCGCUGGGACGCAGCUGAGGGGAACGUGCGCGAGUACAUCGUCGUCUACAUCCCAACUGCAGGCGGGGAGCAGGAAGUGGACCAGGUGUCUGGAACAACGACCACCACUGUUCUGAAGGAACUGAAUCCAGACACGGAAUACACUGUGACAGUUGUGCCUGUCUACCAUGAGAUGGAGGGUCUCUCUAGGUCUCAGAAUGGAAAGACAAAUCCUUUGGGUGGAGUGAAGAACAUGAAGGUAAUCGACCCCACCAUCAACAGUUUGUCUGUUCGCUGGGACCCGGCUGUCGGCAACGUGCGCAACUACAAGGUCUUCUACGUGGCCCAGCCAGAUGGGAAGGAGCAAAUGGAGCAAGUCUCUGGAGGCACCACCAGCCUUGUCCUGCAUAAUCUGGAAUCCGAUACCCAGUACAACGUGUCUGUUGUCCCAGUCUACCCAGACGUGGACGGCAUAAUGCAGUCUGAGAUGGGAAAAACAAAGCCUCUGGGUGGAGUGAAGAACCUGCAGGUGACUGACCCCACCACCAACUCCUUGAGGGUACGCUGGGAGCCAGCUGAGGGGGAUGUGCGCCAGUACACUGUCAUCUACGCCCCGCUAGCAGGAGGGCCUGAACUCACGACCACAGUUUCUGGGAUGUCAACCAACACCGUUCUCAGGAACCUUGUGCCAGACACAGAGUACAAAGUGACAUUGGUGCCUAUGUAUGGCGAUAUCGAAGGGAAGAGAACUUCUGAAAAUGGAAAGACAAAGGCAUUGGGUGGGGUGAAGAACCUGCAGGUCACAGACCCGACUACUAGCUCCUUGAAGGUGCGCUGGGAGCCAGCGGAGGGCAACGUGCGCCAGUACCGCCUCUUCUACGUCCCUGCCUCUGGCGGAGCCGAGGACAUGGAGCAAGUGUCUGGUGGCACCACCUCUACCGUCCUGAGGAACCUUCUCUCAGACACGCCCUACACCAUCACCGUGGUCCCCGUCUACCCCGAGGGAGAGGGCCUGCGCCAGUCUGAGUCUGGAAAGACACUUCCACGCACCCCUCCUAAGAACGUCCAGGUGUACAACCCUACCACCCACAGCCUGAACGUGCGCUGGGAGCCUGCCUCUGGCCAGGUGCAGCAGUACCGUGUCAUCUACACACCUCUGUCCGGAGAAAGACCUGCGGAGACGGUCUUGGUCCCGGGGAACAUCAACAACGCGUUCUUGGAUUCGCUCAUUCCCGACACGCCGUACUCGGUCAGCGUCCUGGCUCUGUACGCCGACGGGGAGGGACCACCGGUGAAGGGAGCCGGCAAAACAUUGCCCCGUGCUAGACCUAGGAAUCUGCGGGUGUUUGAUGCCACCACCAACACUCUGACCAUCGGCUGGGACCACGCUGAGGGACCCGUGCAGCAGUACAAGAUCGCCUACGCCCCCACCACAGGAGACCCCAUCACUGAGUUUACCGUUGUCCCUGGCAACAGAAACAAUGCCAUCCUGCAGAAUCUGCUUCCUGACACCCCCUACAACAUCACUGUGGAAGCCAUCUAUGCUGAUGGAGCAGGGGGAUCGCUGAACGGGCCCGGACGCACAGUUGGCCUGCUGGAGCCCAGGAACCUGCGCGUCUCCGAUGAGUGGUACACUCGCUUCCGUGUUGCCUGGGACCCUUCGCCGUCUCCGGUGCUCGGAUACAAGCUGGUCUACACACCUGCGGAAGAAGAUCAGAGUAAGAGCUUGGACGUGUUUGUGGGUGACGUGACCUCAUACACCCUCCAGAACCUCCUCCCUGGCACCACCUACGAUGUCAAAGUGUUUGCCCAGUAUGAUGCUGGCAUGAGCGGGGCCCUCGAAGGACAAGGAACAACACUCUACCUGAACGUCACCAACAUCGAGACCUACAACGUUGGCUUUGACAAGUUCUGCAUCAAGUGGAGUCCUCACAGGGCUGCCACCUCCUACAGGAUCAAGCUCAACCCUCUGGACCCCUCCAGUAAAGGUCAGCAGGAGAUCACCAUCACUGCAGCUCAGAGUCAGUACUGCUUCAAGGGGCUCUCCCCUGACGCUCUUUACAGCGCCACCGUGUUCGUUCAGACCCCUAACCUCGAGGGCCCUGGAGUCAGCACCAAAGAGAGAACAUUGGUCAAACCUACUGAAGCCCCAACGCCACCCCCCACUCCUCCACCACCACCUACCAUUCCACCUGCAUGGGCAGUGUGCAAAGGUGCCAAGGCAGAUGUGGUGUUCCUUAUUGACGGUUCGUGGAGUAUUGGAGAAGACAGUUUCCGGAAAGUGGUGCAGUUCGUCUUCAGCAUGAUUGGAGCCUUCGACGUCAUCGGACCGACAGGAAUGCAGGUGUCGUUUGUGCAGUACAGCGACGAAGCAAAGACAGAGUUCAGGCUGAACUCUUACUCGGACAAGGGCAACGCUCUCGCUGCUCUACAGCUGAUCCAGUACCGAGGAGGAAACACUAAGACCGGCGCUGCUUUGAUGCAUGUCAAGGAGAAGGUGUUCGCCCCAGAAAAUGGAAUGAGGAGGAAUGUCCCCAAGGUUGUGGUAGCUGUCACAGACGGUCGCUCUCAGGAUGAGGUGAAGAAAAACGCUGCCACACUUCAGCAUGCAGGUUACAGCGUGUUUGUGGUUGGUGUUGCCGAUGUGGAUUUUGCUGAGCUGCAGAACAUUGGCAGCAAGCCAAGCGACAGGCACAUCUUUGUUGUGGACGACUUUGACGCCUUCGCAACUAUCCAAGACAACCUUGUGACCUUCAUUUGCGAAACAGCGACGUCUACUUGUCCCCUGAUCUACCUGAAUGGAUUCACAUCACCUGGCUUCAGAAUGCUGGAGGCGUUCAACCUGACAGAGAAGACCUAUGGCUAUAUCAAGGGAGUGUCUAUGGAACCUGGUUCCUUCAACAGCUACACAGCCUAUAGACUCCAUAAGAACUCCUUCCUGACCCAGCCCACCACGGAGAUCCACCCAGACGGACUACCUCACUCCUACACCAUCAUCAUGAUGUUCCGUCUCCUCCCGGACACACCCAACGAGGCCUUUGACAUCUGGCAGGUGUCCACCAAGGACGACAAGCCUGAAGUCGGGGUCACCAUUGAUCCUUCCAGCCAAACGAUUUCGUAUUAUAACAAGGAUACGAGGGGGGAGAUCCAGAGGGUCACAUUCGACAAUGACCAAGUGAAGAGAAUCUUCCAUGGAAGCUUCCACAAGCUCCACCUCCUUGUUUCCCCCACCAAAGUCAAGCUGAACCUCGACUGCCAAGAGGUGGCGGACAAGGAGAUUAAGGAAGCUGGAAACACGUCCACGGAUGGCUAUCAAGUUCUUGGCAAAAUAUCCAAGUCCACUGGCUCCAAGGGUGAAUCUGCAACUUUCCAGCUCCAGAUGUUCGAUAUAGUGUGCACCCUGGGCUGGACGAGCAGAGACAGAUGCUGUGACCUUCCGUCUAUGAGAGAAGAGUCCAAGUGCCCGUCCCUCCCCAACGCCUGCACAUGUACCUCGGAAAGCACAGGACCCCAGGGAACACAGGGGGCAGUGGGCGCACCCGGUAGCAAAGGUCCCCGGGGCGAAAGAGGAGAGACUGGCCCGGCUGGUCCAAUUGGACCGCGUGGAGAUACAGGAUUGCCAGGACCUAUGGGUCUGCCUGGCCCUCAAGGAUCUAGCGGGCUGUCUAUUCCAGGAGAAGCUGGCCGCCAAGGACCGAAAGGAGAAGCUGGUGAUUCUGGGCUACCUGGACAGAAAGGUCCACCUGGGAAAGCUGGGACCAUCGGCCCAAUCGGACCUGCUGGACCGAGGGGACCCCAAGGAAAGGAAGGACAGGCUGGAUCCAGAGGUCCAACAGGACCAAUGGGACCUCCUGGAUCUCCUGGAAUGCCUGGUGCUUCAGGAAAACCAGGAAAGCCUGGUGACACAGGUGCUUCGGGAGCCAAUGGUAUUAAAGGGGACAGAGGAGAGAGAGGUGACUUUGCUCCUCAGAACAUGAUGCGGUCCAUUGCCAGACAAGUGUGUGAGCAGAUAGUAAAUGGACAAAUGAGUAGAGUCAAUUCCAUGCUGAACCAGAUUCCCAGCGGUUACCGUAGUAGCAACAACCCAGGUCCCCCCGGAGCCCCUGGGCCCAGCGGUAACCAGGGUCCCCGUGGAGAGCCGGGACAGACAGGCAGGAAUGGAUUCCCAGGAAGUUCAGGACAACCUGGCCAGCAAGGAGAGAGAGGCCCUGCAGGAGAGAAGGGUGAUCGAGGGACAGCAGCAGUCGGACAGCGAGGACAAAGAGGACCACCGGGCCCAACAGGCGAAGCUCGGACCGGCCCUCCAGGCCCCGCAGGCUCCUCCGGGCCCCGCGGUCCUCCUGGGCGCCAAGGGUUCGCAGGUAUUAGGGGCCAACCUGGCACUCCUGGCUACUGUGACUCUUCCCAGUGCGUCAGCAUUCCGUACAAUGGACAAGGAUACCGAGGUUCACCAUAGUAAACUUUCCUAAUCGCCUGUGCUGCUUUCACUUUGAAUUCCUGAGAAAACAAAAAGGUCCUGUUACUGAGAUGCUUGCUCACGCGCUCUAGAGCUGUUUGAGGAUAAACCACCAAAGGAUAAGAUUAACAAACUAUGUUGAGAAAGACAAGAACAACGAGGACCGGUACUAACAACAUUGUAGAGCAACUAGAUCAGACAAGCGCCGGUGAUGACCACAACAUAGUUGCCUGUUUGCUCGUUCUCUGGCUUCAAGAUGCAGACAAAGACCUUCUAUCAGGUGGAGAAGCAUGUGCAAACAAACAAACAAAAACAAACACCCAAAUACGUCCACAGCAACAUUAACGUGGUUACUCUUGAGGUGACAUCUGUCAAUAAACUAAUGAUGCCCUGUAAAUGAUGUUGAAAUCACAUCCCACUCAAUGUGGUUUUUAACACUUGUAGUUAUGCUUUUGCCUUUUAACCUUGCUGCUUGGUGAAUGCCAACGCGAAUGCUUCUUUUUCUACCACGUGUCCCUAAAAGGGAUGUUUCUGUAGCCUAAACACACACAGACAGCUCAGGGGCCAUGUUGAACCACGUGCCUUUUGUGCCGAUGUGACCUUGGAGGUUCAGCUUUUCUAUCUAUGUACACGGUAGUAGCGUUCUGAGAAUCAUCAUUCAUUACGCUGUAGUAUUCAUUGGUAUUCUUCCAGUGCCAGCUGGUUACCUCUGUUAUGUUAUGAGGAAUAACCUCCCAAUUCCAAAAUGUAUGAAUAGGCUGGUGGUAGAACUCUUACUUGAUUUUUGAUAUUUUGUGUUGAUAUUUUAGACUCGAAUGAGUUGCAGCGAAUGGCAAUGAUGAUUCUGUUCAACGAUUGAACCCACCCACUACUCAAACUUUACUAACAUUGUAUUAUUAACAUCACACAGACAUAGAAAAUGCACUGAACGAUUCAACCCACCCACCACUCAAACCGUAUUAACAUUGUAUUAUUAACAUCACACAGACAUAGAAAAUGCACUGAACAAUUAAACCACCCAUCACUCAAACCGUAUUAACAUUGUGUAAUAUUAACAUCACACGGACAUAGAAAACGCACUGAAUUGUUUACUUACUAUCAGUGCCUUUGAAAAUAACAUAAAGGGAUAUGACCACGUUCCACUCAAUUGUCAUUUCACCAGGAUACUGUAUGUCCAAGCCUGAAAAGAAAACCUAACACAGCAAUUCAUUUUUGUGCAUGUUGAGCCUGACAUACUCUGCAAAUCACACUCAUGUUCAAUUGGCAUAAAACACUAUUUCCAAGCAGACCCAUAUCCACCUGAGCCUGAAACCUACGUAGUCCCAAUACCCGAAGAAGAAGACGACUCACAAAACGAGCGUCGAAAGAGGUCACUAUCAAG